ACAAUUAGCUAGCGUAAGUAGUCAUACGCUAAAACCACUUUAAAUGUAUUUUUUUAACAACACAAAGAAAGAAGCAACUUCAAAUGGUUAAAGGAUUCACUUAUGUUUUUGCUAUCGUAUGGAAUAUUUACGGAUUAGCUAGUGCAGUUGACUUAUUCGUAUCUCAGUUUAAUGGCAAUGAUACUGCUUCUUGUGGCAACGUUGUCACACCAUGUGCAUCAUUGAAAUAUUCAUUGAAACAUAUAGCAAAACUUAACGAUGCUAUAAGGCUAGAUGCUGGAACAAGAAAAGGCAAACCUUUUACCUACAUCUUUAACCGAACGAUGCCAUACAUAAACAAAAAUUUAACAAUAACUAACUAUAAUGAAACACUUCCUCGUCCAAUUGUAGUUUGGAAGGACACAGUUCAACAUGAUCAAUACAUGUUUCAUGUUGGCAGCAAAAUAACAUUUCAAAUUUCUAAUAUAAAUUUUAUUAACAUGCCUUUAAUUGCAUUGGAACAAAGUGAUAACCUUAUUUUGCUGAUUAGAAAAUGUGGGUUUAUUGGAAGCAACAAAGCUAUGAUCAGAAACUUUAUCAAGAUGGCAUGCAGUGUCAACAUAAAUAUAUCACAAUGCUUUUUUUAUGGAACCAAUAUAAUUUCGUUUUCAUCAAAUUGCACAGGAAAUGUUUCUUUCCAACAUUGUGUUAUCAAAGGAGUUCCUACAAUGGACAGGAUAAUGACUCUUUCCAUUGUGUCGGUUCAUCUAACCAUUGAAAAUUGUUAUUUUUUCAACACCAGUGGCUACCCGGUUUUUAUGUCAAUACGACAACAAAGUGAAGAAGGCAUUAACAGGUUAACCAUAAAACACACAGUAUUCAAAAAUAUGCUUGUGGGAGGAUCAAAACCUGCCCUUGUAGCACGUCAAUUGCAUGAAGUUUUUAUCGAUAAUUGUUCAUUUUCUGGAUUUUUAAAGUCAGCUGUCUCAAUUGAAACGACGUCAUAUUUCUAGUGAAAAACACAAUAUUUAAACGAAACAAAGGAGUGCAAGGAGGAGCUUUGUACAUCCAACAAAGUAGUGGUGUCAUCGAUCAUUGUCUAUUUGAGAAGAACUUCGCCAACGUUGGAGGUGCUAUAUAUAAUCGAGGCCUGAGUUCCAGUGUUUAUGUGAGAAAUUCAAAGUUUAUUUCAAAUACCGCCAACGGCAUUGGAGGAAAUGUUUAUUUCAGUCGAGAAAGUAAGGAAUGGUUCCCAUCGACAAUGAGCUUAAUAGACGUUAAUGUUAUUGGUGAUGCAGUAAGCAACAUAAAUUAUGGUUAUUUUAUGUACGCUGUAGCCAAAAUUUCACUAAUUAAUGUCACUAUAACUCUAAAAGCCUCCUUAUCCAAAGCAGAUGUGAUUGAUGGACUUCUGUGCACAGAAGAUUGCUUGGAAAAAUUUUCAAGUUUCAACAAUUUACAAUUGACAUGCGCAGAAAAUUACAUUGCAACGUAUCUUCCAGCCAAGGUUUCAAAAGAUUCAAGCUUGUCUUCAUUACGAUGCUAUAAAUGUCCGAGAGGAACUUACAGUUUUAUAUUACAAAUAAUAAAAGCUAACAUACUGCCUGAUUGCUCUGUUUAUAAUGUCACCAAAAACUACAUGGAAUGCAAGGAAUGUCCAACGGGCGGAAUCUGUGAGUCCAUUAUAAUUAGCAAGGGAAACUUUUGGGGUUACAGAACACACAACAAUGAAAUUAAAUUUUUAGCGUGUCCAUCUGAAUACUGCUGUUCAUAUAAGACAAACAAAUGUUUGUCUUACAACACAUGCAACGCUAACCGAGAAGGAAUACUGUGCAGCUCGUGCAAACGAGGAUACAGGUUGAACUACUUCAAUGAACAUUGUGUUGAAGCUUCAAAUUGUAAGAAAGGAUUGUUCUGGACAUUUUUUACAUUGUAUGGUAUAUUUUACGCUGUUAUGUUUUUAUAUUACAAAGAUUUGAUCAUACUCGUGUUGAAAACUUUAAAAAAAACAAAAACAAAAAUAAUGUCUCGAAGAACUGUAACUUCUCUUAACGAGCCUCUACUCAUUGUUGAUGAUGAAGAUAGUUCCGAUGGCUUAAUAAAUCCGAAAGAAGAAUCCAAUGCUGAAAGGGAAUGGCUGGAAGAGUGUGUAACAAGACCAUCAGUAACGCCAGAUACAGAUGCUAUCACAGAAAAUAGCUUAAAAACACAUAUCAGCGGCAUUAAGACUAUUCUAUUCUUUUUUUAUCAAAUGGAAAUUUUGAUAAGCAUCGAAGACCACUUGAAUAACACUGGCAGGGGGUACUUAACAAAACUAAAAACAACUCUAUCGUCACUGAUAAAUCUACAAUAUAUUUCAAUUGGAGUUUCUUCACUUUGUCCGAGUGAAGGCUUAACAACGAUUGGUAAAGAGCUUACACAAUUAGCGUUGAUUAUUGUCGCCAUGUGUGUUCUUUUUCUCCCUGUUAUUUUUAAAUGCACAUUUAAAUUCUUGCGGAAAGGAAGGCAACAAAAUAGCAAAACAUUUAAAGAGAAGUUACCAUUUUCAGCAAGAGCCAGAAUCACGUUCAUUCAUUUACUUCUUCUCAGCUAUACCAGAUUGUCAGCAUUUUGUUUUAAAAUGACGAAUUGCGUUGAUAUAAAUGGGAAACAUCAUCUGUACAUCCAAGGAGACGUGCGUUGCUACACAUGGUGGCACUACUCAAUGAUAACCUUUAUCGGCAUUUGGAUUGUUCCGUUCCCAGUCACAACUUAUCUGUCCUGUCAAUUGCUGCAAUCAAAUCAGAUUUCUUUAAUAAAAUUUUACGUGCUCUUUCUUCUCCCACCAAUUGCAUUGAUUAAUUACGUGUUAACCAGAUAUUGGUUAAAAAAUAAAGAAUUCAGCUUCGGUAUGGCGAACUGUGUAGAAAGAAACAGCAUUAUUGCUUUGUUUACAGGAUCAUACAGGAAGGAAAAAGAGACUGGAAAUGGUAUAAAUUGGGAAGUUACCAUUUUAUUUCGACGAUUUGUCGUAACAGCACUAUGCGUUUAUAUCAUCAAUCCUGUUUCCAGAAUGUUGAUUUAAUACCCAUUCUACUGAUGUUUAUUCUGCACCAUUUGUAUGUCUUACCAUUUUGUACCCCACUUCUGAAUCGUAUGGAAACUGUUUCUUUAUCGCUUUUGUUGUAUCUUGGCGUUGCAGAUUUAUUUUGGGCGAUCAAUUAUAUGAAUGAUCUCACAAAAAUGCCAGCGCACCAAGUUAUCUCUGUUGCUUUAUCAUGGACCGAAGAUAUCCUUCUGACGUUUCCUUUGUUAUUGCUUAUAUUUGGAUUUGUUUAUGUCUCCUUUAAGAAAAUUGCAAAUUUUUUAUUAAGGAGAUGCAAAACGAACAUCUGAACAUGUUUUCUAUAUCUUUAAAAUGGCUACGGAACGGCUGUUGGUUUUCGACUUUAGUGACUUACACGAAAGUCGAGCUGAUGGCGGCGAAAAACAAACUGGCUAUUUUUCCGGCAUGUGUGUAUAUUACAGACUCGAACAUAUAGAUAUAUCUAGAAGUUUUAUCUUCUCCUGCCUUGGUCAUGUUUUCAUCCAAAAUGAGUCUCGCUAAAAUAUUUCUUUGUAAUAUACUUUUUGAAAAAAAUAUUGAACCAGCGAACAAAGUGCGCUGGUCUGUUAAUUGCGCAAAACACUUUUGCCGGCUUUUUAAUGUUUGCGCCGGAUAUACCGAACGUGAGCAUUUUAACCGGUUUGUAGCCCCUUUAAAGUAAACUUAAUAAAAAACGUUAUAUAAAAGUAAGUAUAGUGGCGGUUUUCUAUGUAAAGUUUAUGAAAGUACAUCCGGUACAUCUA